AAGAAGGCGACUUAGAAUCAGAAGAAGGGAAAUUCCCCAGUGAUUAGCAACUUUUAUUUAGGUAGCACCAAUCUUUUCAUCACUUUGAAUCAUUUUUUGCUGAGGUAUUGUUAUGCGCAAAGGCUAUAUUCUUAAGCUGAAUGAUCAACCUUAGGAAAUUUCCAUAAGGUUCUUGGGACAAGUUCUCUUGUGCUUGUUAGAUCCAUCCGGGCAUUGGUUUAUUCAUUUACAUUCAUCUUUCUGGCAGAACACCUUGCUGCUCUUUCAAUUUUUUGGUGGUUGAAUGCCCAUUGUUAUGAGAUUCAUGAAUGCUCUCAUAAUUUUAAGAUGCGAGCUCCUGUAAAGAAGUUGAUUGGAUACAAGUCCAGAAAUUAUUUUGCUAAUGAGGAGAAUUCUAAAACCGUUUCCAUGCCACUGAACCAGAAAGGUUUUAAGGUUGCCAACAACAAAAGAUACUAUCUGACACCAGGAUUCCGGAAGAAAAGGGCAUGUAAGAGGAAGAAUAAUUUAAAUGGCAAGCCAAUUGAAACUCCACAGAAGAAGUCUGACUUUAAUAUAGAUAAGCGUAUUGGUUCUUUUAAACUAACAGGAAAAAGAACCUGUUUUUCUGUGGGAAAGAACUCAAAAAAUUUGGCUAGAAGUUCUGAAAAGAAAUCUGCCAGAAGGAGAAGGCUUAAGGGAAGGAAAAAGAUUAUUGUGCAGGAUGAAGUCUCUCGCAUGCAAAGAAGAGCAAGCUACCUUUUAAUUAAGAUGAAGCUGGAGCAGACUCUUAUCGAUGCUUAUUCUGGAGAUGGAUGGAAAGGACAUAGCCGAGAAAAAAUUAAGCCUGAAAAGGAGUUGCAGAGAGCUCAAAGACAAAUAUUGAAAUGUAAACUUGGUAUCCGGGAUUCAAUCCAUCAGUUGGAUUUACUUGGCUCGGAAGGAAGAAUUGAAGACUCUGUUAUGAAUCCAGAUGGAUCUGUUUUUCAUGAACAUAUCUUCUGUGCAAAAUGCAAAUCACGUGAAGCCUUUCCUGAUAACGAUAUCAUACUUUGUGAUGGGAAUUGCAAUUGUGGCUUCCAUCAGAAGUGUCUAGAGCCUCCAUUACAGAAAAGUAUGUGCCAGUUUUUGCAUUUUUUGGAAACCGUUCACUGUAAUGUGAGCUUCCUUUUCAGAAUGCUAUAUACCAUAACUUCAGUUCCUCCUGGAGAUCAAGGAUGGCUUUGCAAGAUUUGCAAUUGCAAGAUGGAAAUUCUAGAAACCAUAAACGCACACUUAAGUACCUGCUUCACUGUGAAUAGUAGCUGGGAGGAUAUAUUUAAGGAAGCAGUUGUUGGUCCUGAUGCUGAAGGAGCGUGCUCUAAUCUUGUUGAGGAUUGGCCAUCAGAUGAUUCCGAGGAUGAAGAUUAUUCUCCAGACAACAACACAGCCGAAUUUGAGGAGAAUAUCUCGGAUGAUGCAUGCAGCUCAGUUAACUCCAUUUUCUCUUCUGAUGCAUCACUGAACUUUGUCAACUGCUUGGGUUCUGAUGAAUCAGGUGAUGAGAUCACAAACUACCGCAGACAACGACGAGAUGUUGACUAUAGGAAACUUUAUGAUGAAAUGUUUGGGAAGGAGCCAAAUGACGGUACCGAGCAAAGUGAAGAUGAAGACUGGGGCCCUUAUAGGAAGAAGAAGGCAAGGAUUGCAUCUGAUGUAGGCAUUACCUCUACAGAUGGCGAGAACAAGGACAGCAAUGAGAAAAUAGCAUUGGGAGAUGCGAUUUCAUGUAAUAAAAGAUCCAUUUUCAGGAUCCCACCUGAUGCUAUUGAGAAGCUUCGACAAAUUUUUGAUGAAAAUGAACUUCCUUCCAGGACUGUCAAGGAGAAUCUUUCAAAGCAAUUGGACAUUUCAGUUGAGAAGGUUGACAAAUGGUUUAAAAAUGCAAGAUAUGCUGCCAUUAAGAUCAGAAAGGAAGAAGCUUCAAAUCAACUUUACCAUAGAUCUGAUGUACCAAUGGUAGAUGAAGGGCAUAGACGCAGAUCUGAUACAGCUGUCUCAUUGGACAGCUCUUGCUUGCUUCCUUUGGCAUCCAUCUUCCACUUACCUCAACAUAAGAAGAAGAUCCAUAGGAGAGAAAAUUUGACAUCUGCAGCAUUCCCUGCAAAGAAACAGAAAGGAGCAGCAACGACGGUACAUUCCAGUGCAAUUCAGGCACGAACGCAAUCAAGAAAUGCAGUGUGGCUUAAGAAGCAUACGAUAACUAGAGACAGGGAUCUUACCCCCAAGAAGAUUACCGCUAUUGUGCCUGAAGCAGAUAAAACCUAUAUAAAUGAGAUGCAGAUGCUUUGGGUCCUUGAAAGGAGGCUUCAUCAACUGAAGCAGCAAUUGCUGGCUUGCAAAGAUUAUAAUGAAGUGCAGGCGAAAAAGCUUUCUGGAGAAGAGGCUGUAAUCUAUGUUCCAGUUGCAGAGGUAAAAGAGAAGGUAUCAUGACUUGAAAAUUUUUUUUCAGAACUUAAUAUAUAAGUAUCCGGCUUUACUUAAGGAGCUUCUUCAUAACAUGCUUGGUGCUCCUAUAUAUAUUAAAACAAAAAAAAAAGCAUCAGGAGUUGUACAGUUCUCAUGUUUUUUGCUCUAUUCUGAAACAAAACCUGGGCACGGCAAAUAUUAUACUUAACUGUAUAUUUACCAGAGAGAAAUUCUCAUUUAGGGAUGAUUUUUUGGAGUUGUUUUCGCUUAGAUUUCCAUUGGAAACUUCAA